ACCGCGUAAGGCGAAGCGCGCCCCGCCCCGUGACUUUCUGCUCUUCCAAUGACCUUCAGAGCCGCGGAGUCAUCGCGAACGGAAGUCCUCUGUCUGUGCACUGAUUGGUCACCCAGAGCCUGCCCCGCCCUUCGUCUUCCGCUCUCCUUCGCAGAAGUCCGUGGGCUCUUCGUAGUUUCGCACGUCGAGAAGCGGGGCCGCCGGGUACUCACGAUGCCGCGUGGAAGCCGAAGCCGCACCUCCCGCAUGGCCCCUCCGGCCAGCCGGGCCCCUCAGAUGAGAACUGCACCCAGGCCAGCACCGGCAGCUCAGCCACCAGCAGCGGCCCCACCAUCUGCAGUUGGCUCACCGGCUGCUGCUCCCCGGCAGCCAGGUCUGAUGGCCCAGAUGGCAACCACUGCAGCUGGUGUGGCCGUGGGCUCUGCUGUUGGGCACACACUGGGUCAUGCCAUCACUGGGGGCUUCAGUGGAGGAAAUAAUGCUGAACCCGCAAGGCCUGACAUCACUUACCAGGAACCUCAGGGAGCCCAGCCCACACAGCAGCAGCAGCCUUGCUUUUAUGAGAUAAAACAGUUUUUGGAGUGUGCCCAGAAUCAGGGCGACUUAAAGCUCUGUGAGGGUUUCAGUGAGGUGCUGAAACAGUGCAGACUUGCAAACGGUAGGAUUGGCCUAAUCGAGGUCAGAUUGAAGCAAUGGAAAAUCGGCUCUCAUGACCAAGUUGAUUUAGCAUAAAAAUAUAAUUGAUAAUGAAGGUAUAAAGUGCAAAAGCACCAGUUAAACCUCCCCUCUGUCAUUCAUAGCUUCCUUCAGAAUUGCAAUGAAAGAGAUGGUUCUUACUGUGUAGAAUUUCAUUAAGAUGGUGUAGUAUUUGGGACUAGGCAAGUGUUUGUGUGGCCUCCUUAAGCCAGCUGUUGUGAUUUUGGGUUUUUUGUGAGUUAAUUAGAAUAAAGUGGUUUUCUUCCAAGA